UCCUUCCUGCUCAGACUGUGGGGAAGGAUUCACUGAAUCAUCUGACCAACUGGCACACCCAUCAUUUUGCACAGGGUGGAACGAUUCACCUGAUCAGACAGUGGAAAUGGAAUCACUCGGCCUUCUCAACUGAAGGUACAUCAGCUAGUUCAUACUGGGCAAGGCCAUUCACCUGUUCUGUGGGUGAGGAGGGAUUCAGUCAGUCUUUCCACUUGUGGACACACCAGUCAGUUCACACUGGGCAGAGGCUGGUCAUCUGUUGAAUUUUGGGGAAGCAUUCACUCGGUCAUCUGACCGAAUGGUUCACCAGCGAGUUCACACCGGGGAGAGGCCGUUCACCUGCUCGGAAUGUGGGAAAGGAUUCACUUGCUCAUCUAAACUGAAAUUACAUCAGCGUGUUCACAGUGGGGAGAGGCCGUUCACCUGCUCAGACUGUGGGAAGGGAUUCACUAUGUCAUCUAAUCUGAAGGUACAUCAGAGAGUUCAUACUGGAGAGAGGCCGUUCACCUGCUCAGACUGUGGGAAGGGAUUCACUAUGUCAUCUAAUCUGAAGGUGCAUUGGAGAGUUCAUACUGGAGAGAGGCCGUUCACCUGCUCAGACUGUGGGAGGGGAUUUACUUGCUCAUCCAAACUGAAAGUACACCAGCGAGUUCACACUGGGGAGCAGCUGUUCACCUGCCCGGACUGUGGGAAGGGAUUCACUUGCUCAUCCGAACUGAAAGUACACCAGCGAGUUCACACCGGAGAGAGGCCAUUCAUCUGCUCAGACUGUGGGAAGGGAUUCACUCAGUCAUCCCAUCUGAAGGUUCACCAGCGAAUUCACACUGGGGAAAGGCCGUUCAUCUGCUCAGACUGUGGGAAGGGAUUCACUUGCUCAUCCGACCUGAAGGUCCACCAGCGAGUUCACACUGGGGAGAGGCCAUUCAUCUGCUCAGUCUGUGGGAAAGGAUUCAGCUGGUCUUCUCAACUGAAAUCACAUCAGAGAGUUCAUACUGGAGAGAGGCCAUUCACCUGCUCAGACUGUGGGAAGGGAUUCACUGCGUCAUUCCACCUGAAGAUACAUCAGAGAGUUCACACUGGAGAGAGGCCAUUCAUCUGCUCAGACUGUGGGAAGGGAUUCACUCAGUCAUCCCAUAUGAAGGUUCACCAGCGAGUUCACACUGGGGAGCGGCCGUUCACCUGCUUAGACUGUGGGAAGGGAUUCACUUGCUCAUCCGAACUGAAGUUACAUCAGCGAUUUCACACUGGGGAGCGGCCGUUUGCCUGCUCAGACUGUGGGAAGGGAUUCUCUGUUUCAUCCCAGCUACUGAGUCACCAGUCAGUUCACACCGGGGAGAGGCCAUUCAGCUGCUCGGAGUGUGGGAAGGGAUUCACUAUGUCAUCUAAUCUGAAGGUACAUCAGAGAGUUCAUACUGGAGAGAGGCCGUUCACCUGCUCAGACUGUGGGAAGGGAUUCACUAUGUCAUCUAAUCUGAAGGUGCAUCGGAGAGUUCAUACUGGAGAGAGGCCGUUCACCUGCUCAGACUGUGGGAGGGGAUUUACUUGCUCAUCCAAACUGAAAGUACACCAGCGAGUUCACACUGGGGAGCAGCUGUUCACCUGCCCGGACUGUGGGAAGGGAUUCACUUGCUCAUCCGAACUGAAAGUACACCAGCGAGUUCACACCGGAGAGAGGCCAUUCAUCUGCUCAGACUGUGGGAAGGGAUUCACUCAGUCAUCCCAUCUGAAGGUUCACCAGCGAAUUCACACUGGGGAAAGGCCGUUCAUCUGCUCAGACUGUGGGAAGGGAUUCACUUGCUCAUCCGACCUGAAGGUCCACCAGCGAGUUCACACUGGGGAGAGGCCAUUCAUCUGCUCAGUCUGUGGGAAAGGAUUCAGCUGGUCUUCUCAACUGAAAUCACAUCAGAGAGUUCAUACUGGAGAGAGGCCAUUCACCUGCUCAGACUGUGGGAAGGGAUUCACUGCGUCAUUCCACCUGAAGAUACAUCAGAGAGUUCACACUGGAGAGAGGCCAUUCAUCUGCUCAGACUGUGGGAAGGGAUUCACUCAGUCAUCCCAUCUGAAGGUUCACCAGCGAGUUCACACUGGGGAGCGGCCGUUCACCUGCUUAGACUGUGGGAAGGGAUUCACUUGCUCAUCCGAACUGAAGUUACAUCAGCGAUUUCACACUGGGGAGCGGCCGUUUGCCUGCUCAGACUGUGGGAAGGGAUUCUCUGUUUCAUCCCAGCUACUGAGUCACCAGUCAGUUCACACCGGGGAGAGGCCAUUCAGCUGCUCGGAGUGUGGGAAGGGAUUCACUAUGUCAUCUAAUCUGAAGGUACAUCAGAGAGUUCAUACUGAAGAGAGGCCGUUCACCUGCUCAGACUGUGGGAAGGGAUUCACUAUGUCAUCUAAUCUGAAGGUGCAUCGGAGAGUUCAUACUGGAGAGAGGCCGUUCACCUGCUCAGACUGUGGGAGGGGAUUUACUUGCUCAUCCAAACUGAAAGUACACCAGCGAGUUCACACUGGGGAGCAGCUGUUCACCUGCCCGGACUGUGGGAAGGGAUUCACUUGCUCAUCCGAACUGAAAGUACACCAGCGAGUUCACACCGGAGAGAGGCCAUUCAUCUGCUCAGACUGUGGGAAGGGAUUCACUCAGUCAUCCCAUCUGAAGGUUCACCAGCGAAUUCACACUGGGGAAAGGCCGUUCAUCUGCUCGGACUGUGGGAAGGGAUUCACUUGCUCAUCCGACCUGAAGGUCCAUCAGCGAGUUCACACUGGGGAGAGGCCGUUCACCUGCUCAGUCUGUGGGAAAGGAUUCAGCUGGUCUUCUCAACUGAAAUCACAUCAGAGAUUUCACACUGGAGAGAGGCCAUUCACCUGCUCAGACUGUGGGAAGGGAUUCACUGCGUCAUUCCACCUGAAGGUACAUCAGAGAGUUCACACUGGAGAGAGGCCAUUCACUUGCUCAGUCUGUGGGAAGGGAUUCACUCAGUCAUCCCACCUAAUGGCUCACCAGCGAGUUCACACUGCGGAACGGCCGUUCACCUGCUUAGACUGUGGGAAGGGAUUCACUUGCUCAUCCGAACUGAAGUUACAUCAGCGAGUUCACACUGGGGAGCGGCCGUUUGCCUGCUCAGACUGUGGGAAAGGAUUCUCUCUUUCAUCCCAGCUACUGAGUCACCAGUCAGUUCACACCGGGGAGAGGCCAUUCAUCUGCUCAGUCUGUGGGAAGGGAUUCAAUUGGUCAUCUCACCUGCAGAGACACCAGUCAGCCCACACGGGGAAAUGGCCAUUCACCUGCUCAGUCUGUGGGAAGGGAUUCACUCAGUCAGCUCAAUUGAAGGUACAUCAGCGAGUUCACACCGGGGAGAGGCCGUUCACCUGCUCAGUCUGUGGGAAGGGAUUCAAUUGGUCAUCUCACCUGCAGAGACACCAGUCAGCCCACACGGGGAAAUGGCCAAUCACCUGCUCAGUCUGUGGGAAGGGAUUCACUUGGUCAUAUAAGCUGAAUAGACAUCAGCGAGUUCACACUGGGGAGAGGCCGUUCACUUGCUCUGUCUGUGGGAAGGGAUUCGCUGAGUCAUCUGAACUGAAGAUACAUCAGCGAGUUCACACUGGGUAGAGGCCGAUCUCCUGCUUAGAGUUUGGCAUAAGAUUCUCUCAGCCAAAUCAACCGAAUGUGCAUCAUUGAGUUCACACUGGGGAGAGGCUUUUCACCUGCUGUGAAUAUGGGAAUCGAUUCACUCAGUCCUCUAACCAUAUGCAACUCUCACUUCGGCUAGCAGCUUAACUUUUAGAGUGAUAGCUCCCCAACCCAGCCAACUUAAGAAAUCUCAUUUGGGUGGAUGCUUCAUGAUGUGUCCCGUUCCAAAUCAGUACACUGAAAUAACAAACUGUACACAAUAUGUGAUUAAACAAUUGAGAUUUAUAAUUCCUACUUAGACUAUAGGGUUAGUAAAGAAAACAAAAAGAAAGAAAAAGGGCCCAGUCUCUCCUCUCUCCAUUCACAUCUUCUCAUCUCUCCCCAGCAAAAGGUGGUGAAAUUCUCUCUUCCAGACUCACAGGAAAGAACAACAUUUCUGCCAUUGGAGAGCCCCGCACUCCCAAACCCUGUUAUCUCUAGUCAUAACCUAAACAUUGUUGCUGCAGAGAAUCAAUUACCUUAGCAGUGAAACAUUACAUAGAGGCCAUUACAGUAGCCGUGAAACCUUGCAGCAUGUUAUACUUGUGACUCACCGCCGGGUUCACACUGGGCAGGAAGUUUCAAUAAGCUGUAUGCUGGAUAUUUCUCCAUCACCAUUGCUGAAUGCGAUUUCAAGACUGACUGUUGGUGCUGAACUCUGCAAUUAUUGCUGCUGCUCACCACACCCAGUUCUGCACCCUGGUCACUGGGCAUGGGAGGAGUUUCUUCUGCUGCACAUUCUCCUUUAAUGGGACUGGAGUUUAAUAUUCUGCAUCUGAGACAAAUAAAUCAGUUCUAUUUUAAACUUUGUCUUUGGAACUCUGUGAGUUUACAACACAACUAGUGGACUCAGGCCGGCUGGACCCUGCCAAUGAUUCUAUUCCUUGACAGUCCUUUUAAAUCCUCCCCUAUUGUUCAUCUCCUGCUUCCCUGUGGUGAUGGGUUCCAAACCAGUGGUGAAGAGGUUUCCCUUAAUUUUUCUACUGACUGAAGAAGUCACACAUAUUGCAGUUCUGUCUGAGAUGUUCUUCACCCCUCAGAUCUCUGGGCUGAUGAAGAAUGACAUUGGGAGUUAACCUCCUUAUUCAGGGCACAUUUCCAUAUUUUGGGCCAUUUUCCCUGCUUCUAAAGGGUUGUUAGAAAACACCACUCUACUCUAAAGACUGAAAGCCAAAUGGGAAACCAUCCAUUGGAUGUUCAACGAAGCAGGGUCAGAAACCAGAGGCGGGUCCGCACAUUGCAGAGUUUGGGGCUCUGGACAAUGGUCGGGAUAAGAAUGUAUGGUGAGGAGAAGGGAAUCAGCAGCGGGACGUGGCAACAAAUGACAGAUAGCAAGAUUUGGAAGCUCAUUUGAUGGAAAAUAAUUCAGUUGUCUGACUGACAACACAGACAAUGCCUGUUGUGAGAUUCCUCAUUUGUUGAGGCACAUGUGUGUUCAGAAUGGUAAUAUCUAUUGAAGGAGUUAUUCCUGAUUGUUUAUCCUGUAAUAUUAUAUCUGGAUAGUUAUUUUUGAUUAACCUGUCUGUUAUAAUGUAUUGAUUAUAAUAUAAAUUGUGAGAUUCUGUCCCUAACUGGAUAUGGCUUCAAUUUAUGGUGCCUUAAUGAGGUGAUAGAGGUCAUUCAUGAGUUUGUAUUUUUAAGCAAGAUUUUGGUGAAUUAUAUUUGCCACUUGAUUGUACUUGCAUAAGUAAUCAGAUUGAGUUAAACUGCUGCAGGAUCCGAGGAAUAUGUUGGAUUGUGUCUGGUUUCUCUUGGCAUUUUCUGCAUUUAUUGCCUUGUUUGUAUGUAUUUGUGAGUUUUUUGUUAACCACCUUGUCCUGUAUUUCUGCAAGGAAUCCCUCUGUUUCUGGGAAGAGGUGUCCAACUCUCAGUCAGGUGCUUGAUGCUUCCUUUUCAACAUCUUGUCUGCUCAGAUCGUUGGGAUGUCUCCCAUGGAGAGUCAUACUCAUUCCAUUUGUUAAUGUUUUCUUCCAUAUUGAUUAUUCAUUUUUCUGAGUUGGCCUCUCAUUUAAGUUUUCUGGUCUUCUUAGCACAAUUGCACAUACACACUUGGAGUGCUGAAUCCCGUUUACUUUUGAAGAAAAUAUACACCUAAAAGUUU